AUGGCCCGCCUCGCGGGCGUCAGCGUCAUCGGCCUCGGUGUCAACAGGAAAGUCUUUGCCAAACUUCGAGAACAUUACGGUGUUCACAUCGUCUCCGCGCAGGACGCUCGUCGCGCCCUCGACCGUUUCCACGCCUUCGACAGGAGCGCUGCGGCGCCCAGCCGCGUGGGCGCGCACUUCGACCUCUCGUGGCGCCAAGUCAGAGCUGUAAAGUACGAGCUGGGGCAGCACCGUGCCAACUGCAGCGCGCGUGGCACCGGCCACAUUCGUGUGUGGGGGCCCACGAAGCGCGCGUCGAUGGCGGCUGGCGUCUUUGCCCAAAGCAGCGACCUACCUGCCUCCCGGGGCUCCCGCGCAUGGAACCCAGGCGAGCUCCCCGCCGACCUGCCACUGGGCGACCUCAUCGUCUCCGCAGGGGCGCACCUGAGAAGGUGCAGCUAUCAGAAGGCCGAACGCAUAAAGGCUCGGCGAACCCGGACGCGUGCCAAUGACGGAGGCAGGGCCCUCAUCCGGUGGGUGAAUGCGGCUGACAAGUCCAGCGCGAUCUACCUGCGCGAGCCGCGCACUGGACCGCUCCCGCGCCGCAGGGCACGUGGGCGGCAGAAUGUAAGCGAGAGGGCCUCCGCGACCAUGACGAUGCCCCUCAGCGUCGCCACGGCGAUGCCCCUCGGCGGCGCUGCGACGAUGCCUCCGCUCAAUGCCCCGACGGUGCCACCGGGCGGCACCUCAGCGAUGCCGCUGGGCGGCGCCACGACGAGGCCCCCCAGCAGCGCCACGGCGAUGCCCCUGGGCGGCGCCUCGACGAUGCCUGCGGGCGGCGCCCCUGGCCAAACGGCAGAGUUCAUGGAAAUCAUGUCGUUCGCGCAGUCCUUCGGAAUUGACACCUCAAGGGAGCAGGACCUGCUGUGGUUCGCCGAGGAGGCUCUACGCGCGCAGCUGCCUCCAGGCUGGAGUGAGCACGUUGACCAGAGGGGCCGCACGUACUUUCACUUCGCCGGCCGCAACGAGUCCGUGUGGAGACAUCCGAUGGAAAAGCUCUUCCGCGACGUGAUUGGCUACUGGAGGCACGUCAAGGCCAGGGGCGGCUUCUGGGACGUGGAGGACGAGCUGGUCCGGCUGGAGGAGAGCGUGCGGCAGGAGAUGAGCAAUUGGGUGGAGCUGUCGGACUGGCAGGGCGAGCGCUUUUUCUUCAACAAGUCCUCCCAGGAGUCUCGCCUCGACAACCCGCGCGACCUCACGCACCACGACUUGUACACCAGGACGGUGAUGGUUGCGAAGAUGAGGCCGGCGACGCGCGCGCUGUUCAAUGGUACGGUCGGUCAG